GCUGUAUGAGACAAAAAGGUUUCCAGAUAUCCUUGCCUCUUGUUCAGUGCGUGGCCAGGAACUCCUGGGUUACAAGUCACACUUGCCGUGUUCCAGCAUCUCUUGCUAUGCCGUCCAUCUUAAAUAUAAACUGCACGCAGGACGAAGGUGACUUGGCGCGAUGGGCCAUAUAAACGCCGAGGGCUUUCGCGUGUUGCGGCUGAAGCGAGCGAGAGGGCGAGCGGAGUUGGGAGUGAGCGCUCCCCUAUAAGAAGGGCAACCCGCGUCGUGCAAUCGCGACGUUCAGCUGCCGGGAGCUCGCAAGCAGCCACCAUGAGCACGCAGCCCACCCAGACGAACAUGAGCAGCGGCAUCGGCAAUGACUCCACCGGCAACAACAUCGCCUGCGCACAGGAGUCGCCAAACUCCACGGCCAUCUUUGCGCUUGUCAAGGGACACACCAUCAACAUUUUCAUGUUCAUCAUCCUGUCCGUGAUGGCGUUAUUCUGCGUCAUCGUAUACAUCGAGCGGUCGCUGUACUUCACAAGGAAGCCCAUGAACCGUUCCCUCCGCGUUGCCAAGCUGGUGAUCACAGGAUGUCCAGCGGUGAUUGCCUCUGGAGCCACCAUCGCCAUGUGGGUGCCCCGUGCCACGGUUUUCACCGAGUUCCUCUCGUCCGUUUACUUUGGCGUCUGCAUCUACCUGUUCGUGGAGCUCACCAUCGUGUACAUGGGCGGCACGAGCUCCAUGCUGAGCAAGCUUGAGAACGAGUCCUUCCGCACGAGCACGGGGCCCUGCUGCUGCUGCUGCCUCUGCCUGCCCACCGUCGAGUUCAACAGGAUCAAUAUAAGGAUCCUCCGGCAGAUCGUCAUGUACAUUUUGUGUUUGCGGCUCAUCAUCCUCUUCAUCGGCAACGUCUUCGUCAUCGACGGCCUCAUCAUCCCGGGCAAACUGAACGUGGCGAGUCUGGGCUCGUGGGUCAUGAUGAUGCCCUCUCUGCUGACCCUCUUCGCCGUGUGGCCGGUCUCCAUGCUCUACACCCACGUUCGCGACCAGCUCGCCCACACGCACAUCCUGCCCAAGUUCAUCAUCAAUCAGGCUGUCCUCAUCAUCACCACACUGCAGAGCUCCUGCUUAAACUUUGCGGUGCUGUUCGGUGGCAUCAAAUGUGACGAGUUUCUUCCAGCUCGCAACAAAGGACUCAUACUGCACCAGCACCUAAUGAUCCUGGAGAUGUUCAUGUUGGCGUUGGUGGCCCGCUUCUACUACAGCAAGACCAUUUUAGAGACCACCACAGAAGACGACGCUUGUAAAGUAAUUACGCCCUCCCAGCAAAUGGAGAAGAUGGACGUGUGAGAGGCAAUCGGACGUACGUCGAGAGGCAGUCACGUGACAUGGUUGGCUUUGGCCCUGGUUGGUGUCCACCUUCUACACCCACCCCCAGUACCCAUUUUGCGGCCCGUUGCCUGGGCCCUCUGGGGUAGUAGUCCUCGGGACGGAGUGCAAUUGUAGCACCUUCCCACUCGAUAUAUCCGCCACUAAUGUCUCGAUGGACAGUGGAGUUUUGAAUCUGUGUCCGCUGCAUUGUAGGUUGGGUAGGCAGACGAUCGCCAUCUGUAAAAUGUAAACUGCUCAGCCUACAAUUGUUGGACCAGCCUACCUGACUGCCUUUUCAGAUGUAUAAUCAUCUAGAUUUGCCAUUGCCAUAGACCCUCUUCGGAAUGUAAUUUUACUUGUAUGAUAAACCAAUGAUGCAAUAAGUCGAACAUUCUUGGCCACUUUGUGCAGUUUUAUGUAGCAUUUUUAUAUUUGUUCAACUUUUUUUUCCCACGGCCAUAUCACGAAACUGUUUAUAAACAAAUGACUGCACCUUAAGUAUGGUAGAUUGUGUGGAAUUGGUACAAGUUGGGUCUCGAACUAGAAUAGAUAAUGGAGUUUUUAGAAGUAAGAAUUAAUAAGCAAUUUAAAACAUGAACUAUAUAAUGAAUAUUUUGGCAUUACAUUUUUCCCAAGAUAUAAAUGAGUUAUUUAUAUGGGCCUUUGAAAUAGACAUUUAAUUGCUCUGUCAAUAAAAUGUAAAAUACUGUCAGAUUAACACAUGGGCAGUUUGAGUUCACGAUUUACUAAACUUGUCUUAUUAUAUUCAUAUUCAUGCCAUUAAUCACUUAAAAUGUUUUAUGUGAUUGAUAUUAUAAUGUAAAAACAUUUGUAUAUACUGUACAAAGUAGUCAGGGAAAUUAUGUGAUAAUGUAAAUGAUGCAUUAAAAGCAAUAAAAUAUUGUGUAUAUUUACCAAAAAUUGUGAGACGUAUUCCUAUUCUGCCCUGUUGCAUGUCUACAAUCAUAUUAAUGAGUGACCAAAUAAAUAAAAUGCAACAUUUGGGAUGAAAUUAUGCACGCUGGAAUUUAUAAUAGUGUAAUGUAUUGUAUAAAUAUUUCAAUUUAUAUACUGACCUUAUAUUGUGCUUUAAUUUGUUUUGUAUAUUUGUAGAGGAGUGAAAUGGGGACGUGACGUCAGGUGUGCCGUUCAGUGUGAUGACGUCACGUCUCCUGGAGUACUUAAGGGAGACCCCGUGAUGAAAGCGGGGUCACUGUGGGAACGGGAAAUGGUAGAAGGGUAGAGAGAGAACCAGGUGUAGAGGGAUCAAGAGGUGAGUCUGAAGAGAAGCCGGUGGUAGCCGUAGAGGUGCUUCUCCCUCCGGUCGGUGGAGUUGGCAGAGUCCCCGAUCCGACACGAGAGAGAGAGACCGGAGCUAGCCGGACUGGGACCAGACAGAGCAGGGUCGUGUGGUGGGACUCAGUGUAGGACCCCUAGACCCUGGGAAGUUGUAUACCCUGGUGUGUGUUAUUGUUAUAUUCUUGAUGAACCUUUGGCGGAAGCCUCUCAACUUA